AUGGCGCACACCUGGACGUCCGAGCAGCUGGUCGACGCGGCAGCGGCCAUCGUCGACCGCACAAGGGCGAGCACGCCGCUCGUGGUGCAGCUCACGAACAUCGUGUCGGCGAACGAGCAGGCCAACUGGACGCUCGCGGUGGGCGGGAGCCCAAUCAUGUCUCUGGCGGAGGAGGAACAGGACACAUUGGCGCAGCUCACCUCGUCGCUGCUCAUCAACAUUGGCACCAUCCACGCAGCGCAGCGCGCCACCAUUGCGCGCGCUGUCGCCGCGGCAAACGCGCACGCCAAGCCCGUCAUCUUUGAUCCUGUUGGCGUCGGCGCGACGGCGUACCGACAGGAAGUGGCCGCCGAGGUGCUGGGCUCAAAGCUGGCCGUGGUCACGGGGAACGCGGGCGAGAUCGCCUACCUAGCUGGCGCGGACGAUAGCCUGUCGCGCGGCGUCGACUCGGGCCGCAUCGAUCCCGCGACGGCGGCGUCGGUCGUGCGCAGCCUCGCGACGCAACUCGGCGCAGUGGUCGUCCUCCACGGCGAGGUCGACUACAUCUCCGACGGGGAGGCGGUGGCUGCGCUGUCGAACGGGAGCGCAAGGCUCGGCGAGUUGACGGGCACGGGGUGUGGUCUUGGGUCGGUGCUCGGCGCGUACGUCGGCGCCGUGGGCGGCAGAGACAAGCGGGACGUGUUCGCCGCUGCUGUUGGCGCCGUGCUUGCCGUCUCUGUCGCUGGGGAGCUCGCUGCUGAGCAUGCUGGUCCUGGGAGGGGGAGCUAUCGUGUCGCGCUGCUUGAUGCGCUGGGGGAUGUUGUUGGCGAUGAUUUGCGGUCGCGGGCACGGGUGAGGUUGUUGGUUUAG